CUCCACUCUUAUAAUACACCAAAACAUACUAACUCUUCUUUCUUCCUAUUAGCUACCCUCAUCCAUGGCAAAUUUCAAAGCUUUCUUUCUUCCUUUAACCCUUUCCUUCCUUUUCGCUUCUCUGGUUUCUGGCACCUUCUACCAAACUAUCUCUCCCGAUCAGUUACGUGCUGGUGAGAAGCUAACACACAUUCGAUUCUACUUUCAUGAACUCAUAACAAACGACAAACCCUCCCUCAUCAUAAUCGACCCUCCAAAGAUUAUGUCAAACGCUCCCCUUCCGUUCGGCUCCAUGGUGGUGAUCGAGGACCCACUGACCAUCGGACCUGAUGUUGAGUCCAAAAGGGUAGGAAAAGCUCAAGGGUUUUACCUCUCUGCAACCCAAAGAGCAGGUUUGGAUUUGGAGAUAGUGAUGGGGAUGACCUUGACAUUCUUUGAAGGAGAAUUCAAUGGCAGCACUCUGAGUGUGUUAGGGAGGAACGAGAUCAUACUUCCGGUGAGGGAGUUGCCAAUUAUUGGUGGCACAGGUGCUUUCCGCUUCGCACGUGGCUUUGUUCUUGCUCGCAGUGUUAAGGUUGAUUACCACAAAGGUGAUGCCACAGUCGAAUACAAUGUCUACGUCUACCAUUAUUCCUCCUCCAUCUCCUCUCCCUCUCAUCAACACUUCCACGACGGCCUUAACUUCAUGACAGACCCCAUUCUCAGCAAGAUAUAAAUUUUCCAUAUCCCAACUUUAGUUACUGAACUUUAUCUGUGUGUUCCUGUUCGUCUAUAAACUUUCAAAAUUUGUAUGCAAAGUUAGAACUUUCUAACUUAUUUGGUACAAUAUUUUCGUAAGUUUUAUAUGCUAAUUUACACACAUAGACAAGUCAAGAUAUUAGACUGCUGGUUGGAGUAAAUCCAAGGAUAAGUUUUCCUAAUUCACCCUGUUUAGAGCUUUGAAUAAUUCUGCUGUGGAAGUCUUGAUGCAGUGCAAGUUGCGUAGCUGAAUAAUGUGCCUCUCGAGUAGUUUUUGUCAGGAGAUGUUGACCGUUAUGUUUGCUCUGUAAUAGAACAGAGAGAGAAAGAGGGAGAAGAAUACAUGAUGAGGACUAUAAGAAUAAUGUCAAAAGAAAUUAUUUGGAAGUAAUUUAUUAGUUUAUAUAUAUAUAUUGGUGUGUUUGUUCGAA